AUGCAGACUGCUUCUACAAACAUUGGUGAAAGACUGUGCAAUAGGUCCAUCUGUGAAAUUUCCUUGCACUAAAUAUUCCACGGUCAGCUGUUAGUGGUAUUUUAACAAAGUGGAAGCAACUGGGAACAACAGCAACUCAGCCACUAAGUGGUAAACCACAUAAAAUGACAGAGUGGGGUCAGCACAUGCUGAAGUGCACAAUGCGCAGAAGUCACCAAACGUCUGUAGAGUCAAUAGCUAAAGACCUCCAAACUUCGUGUGACUUUAAGAUUAGCACAAUAACAGUGCGUAGAGAGCUUCAUGGAAUGGGUUUCCAUGGCUGAGCAGCUUCAUCCAAG